CCAUCUUGGUCUCUCCGUGGACGAACAAGGGGACACCGGGUUAAUUUACAACUAAUUUGCAGCGAUGGAAUUGUAUUUUACGCUUUUCUUUUAAAAUAAAAGAGUGUUGAAGUUUGACAGAACACGUUAAAAUGUUUUUUCCUGCUCUGCAACAAGAGUGAGCAUCAACACUGAUCCUAGAAGUCCUAAGACAAAUUCGUUUAUUGAUAUUCAGUUAGUGUGACCUCGCCAGGUCUUGGCUUGUUGUUGGACAAGAGACCUCCAACGAUGCUUGCUUGUUGCACAAUUGUUGUGGUCUGUUUUACGUAGUUUGGAAAACAAUCGGCUCUGAACUCAUCAUGGAUCCCUCUCUUGUGAACCCUGCCAACUCUGGCGCCAUGAUGUCGGUGGCCCACAACUUCUGUUUCCCGAGCGCCAGCAACAUGACGCCGAUUGCCGUCCCGCCAAAUGUGGUCAACAGCGCCACCCAGCCCCACCUCACUCCGAUGCCCAUCGGCCCCAUGUUCAGCGUGAACCAGACAGCGAUGCCCACGCAGUUUGUUCAGCCACUGAACGUGCCCCAGCAGCAGACGUUGUCGUUGUCCUUGAACCAGCCGCAGCCCCCGCCCCCACAAGCUGGGAACCUCCCCGUGCCCCAGUCCGUCACCCUCAGCCAAGUCCCUUCCAGCCUCAGCCUGGCCACGCAGCCCCUCCCCAUGGGUCAGGUCGUCUGCUCGUCCGACGCUGCUGCUCAGAAUCUGAACUUUGUCAGCCCGACCUUGAUCACGGUAUCAGGGCCCAGCGGCACACAGAGCCAGUUCCUGUCCAAUCCGUUCAACCAGUUCCCGAUCAUGCUGAGCAACCAACCCUCUCUCUUCUCCACCAUCAACGCUGUUCCACCUCCCCAGUCCCGGCCCAUCGAGACAGCCCCCGUGUCCCAGCCGUUGGUGGUAGAUUCUGCGCGGCCGGCCUCCCAGACUCAACAGGUGGGCGUUGCUCGCUCCAACAACACGGUCUCGCUCAGCUCCCAGCCCGUCUCCGUCUUCUCGUUCCCCUCCCCGGCCAUGAGCGUGGCUCCCCUCAUCAAGCCCACGGAAGUGAGCAGCCAGCCCUCCCCGGACACGACCGGUGUGAGUCUCACCGUUCCCGACGCGAACCCCUCGUGCCACCAGACGCAGGACUCGCACGCCGAGGCUUCCAACAUCGUGAGCAGCAGUACCCCCAGCGCGUUCGUGCUCGUGCCCCCCUCUCCCUCGCCCGGGGCUGUGGACAAUAAAUGUAGCGACGUGGAGAACGGGACUCUGAAAGGCCCUCAUGUCGCUGCUGAUGCUGCAGACCUCGUGGAGGGAAAGCCGGAGGUUGCGCUCGUUGUGCCCUGUGCUCGCAUGAAGUUUACCCCCGUAGACUCCAAAGCGCCCGAUCCUCAGGGCAACAAGGGUUCUCCCACUGCGGCUGAUGACGAUAAUAGUUAUGACGGUAAUGCUGAUGGGGAAGAUGAUAACUCCAAUUCUGGACUCCCGGAAGUUGGGAACCAGGCGUCUCCACAAAGUCCUUUGAUCAUCAAAACAGAACCAUUCACAAAUGCUGACGGUGACUAUCCAGAUGAUGAAAGCAGCAAAUGUUCACCAUCCCCAUUUGAGAAUGUGGAGCUUGCAAAAAACUCUGGGUCCCUCAAAGACCCUUCUCUUCAUUCCAAAGGAGAUGCUCAAGGAGAAUUGGCUGAUGUGGAGGACCUUGAAGAGACAGAGUUUGUGUGGGAGGAUUACUUGCGAGAGACCGGAGCCACGGCUGUACCCCCGACAGCUUUCAAGCAUGUUGAGAUCAGCUUACAGAGCGGCUUCUCCAAAGGCAUGAAGCUGGAGGCCCCCAACAAGCUGUCCCCCAACACUUACUGGGUGGCCACCAUCGUCAUGACCUGCGGGCCGCUGCUACGCCUGCGCUACGAGGGGUACCAGGACAACAGCUCGGCAGACUUCUGGAGCGACCCCAUGACCUCUGACGUGCACCCCCUGGGCUGGUGUGAGGAGAACGGCAAGACUGUGCAACCCCCAGAUGUUAUCAAAGAAAAGUUUCCUAACUGGCAGCAAUAUCUGAGCAAAUGUCUGAAAGACGCCACGUCUGCACCGUCGUACUUGCUGGACAAGUCGACGGGAGCGACCCCGGUGGAUCAGAUCAAGGAAGGCAUGAGGCUGGAGGUUCAGGAGGAACUUCGCCCGGACUGUCUGUGGCUGGUCAAGGUCGUGGAGAACGUCGGGGGUCGGCUCUACCUGAGGCACGAGGGCGUGGAGGCGGGGGCGCACGACUUCUGGAUGUUUUAUCUGGACGACCGGCUGCACCCGAUUGGCUGGGGCGAGAGAGAGGGCUACACGUACGCCGUGCCUCAAGCCGUGCAAGAGGCGUCGGGGAAAACGGAAGAGGAACUUCUCAACAUUCUGAAGUCUACUCUGUCGAGUGUCGCAGACCAGAACUUGCCUGACGACAUUUUCAAUGACCAGACCCCCAUCGAGCCCCACAGUUUUGAGGUGGGCAUGAAGCUGGAGGUCGUCGACACGAAAAACGGGAACAUCUGCCCGGCCACGGUGGUGAGGGUUGUGGACUGCAAGUAUUUCAUCGUGGAGAUCGACAGUUUGUGCGACCUUGACCCCCCAGCCCCGGCCAGAACUCAGUACCGCUGCCACAGAAACUUCUCCCUCAUCUUCCCUGUCAACUGGGCGGGGUCUCGUGGCAUCAAGCUGGCCGCACCCAGAGGUUGGGAAGGCGCGGACUUCAAGUGGGACAAGUAUCUGAGACUGACCGGGGCUGUGGCCGCCCCAGAGGAGCUGUUCAAUCUGGAAGAACCUGACCACGAGUUUGAGUGUGGCAUGAAGUUGGAGGCGGUCAAGCCUCGACAGCCGGGCCAGAUCUGUGCGGCCACAGUGACCAAACUUGUGGAGCACCUGGUCUGGGUACACCUGGACAGCGGCAAACGCACCAUGGAUGGCCACGUGGAGAGUGUGCACUCACUCAACCUCUUCCCCAUUGGCUGGUGUGUCAGCAACGGUUUCCAGCUCCGCCCACCGGGCCGCGUGAUUGGCUCGGCCCCAGCCAGGAAGAGAGUCGCUGUGGUGCAGCCCGAGAUGGCCGACAAAGCCCAGAGUGAGAGUACCCCACAGCUUCCGAGCGCGCCGGGCAGAGAGUUGUACGGAGGCCCCCAGAUCUACUUCAACCACCGCUGCUUCUCCGGGCCGUACCUGAGCAAAGGUCGCAUCGCGGAGCUUCCCCGCAGCGUGGGCCCAGGGCCCGUCACUCUGGUCAUGACGGAGGUGCUCUCCCUGCUGAUCAACACGGCAUACAAGUCGUGCCGCGUGCUGCGAGAGCUACAGCUGGAGGGCCGGCCCGACCCCACCAUGACGCAGCAGAUGCUCAAAGCAAAGUACAAGGGCAAAAGCUAUCGCGCGGUGGUGGAGAUUUGUCGCACGGCGGGACAGCUGGAGGAUUUUUGUCGGCACGUCUGCAUCAAACUGGAGUGUUGUCCCAAUCUGGUGAGCCCACACUACAUCAGCGAGGUCUGCCCAGAGAACUGCUCACAGCUCACCAAGACCAAGUACACGUACUAUUACGGCAAGAGAAAGAAGAAGAUCGGUCGGCCGCCAGGUGGGCACAGCAAUCUGGAGAACGGGCAGAAGAAACCGGGGAAGAGGAAGAAGCGGAAGAAGAUUGGGAUGAUCGCAAAACGUACAACGAGACCUCUGAUGGAUGAGCCCAAGGACAACGCAGAUGAUGAUAAAGCCAGCGUGUGCAGCGACACAAGAACGGCAGACAGCACCAGUACGACGGGCUCCAAAGAAGCGAGCGAGUCUAUGAGCAAGCUGUCGCGCGCCAACCUGAAGCGCCGCUACACCCACCACAUCCCGCCCCCCUCGGAGAUCCAGACACGCGGAGCCAAGCUGCCCAAGUACAGCUUUGAGAAACGCACGCACAAGAAGAUCAUGAUUGUGGAGGGGUCCCAGCAGACCUCGCUUCUCAAGUCCCACAAAGAUGGCUCGAGAAGUUCCUCGCUGAGUCGCGACCUCGGGGUGACCCCGGCGGUAGAGAGCAGCUUCUGCCCGUCCCGGCCGGCUCAGCCGGUGGCCUUGAAGUCGGAGGCGCCGCUGAGGCUGGAGAAGAACCCGCUGGAGUGGUCGGUGUCAGAGGUCGGGGAGUUCUUACAGACGACGGACUGUGCUGACCGAGAGCUCGUUCAUCGCCUCAGGAUGGAAGAAAUCGACGGCCAAGCUCUGCUGCUGCUCACACUGCCCAACGUCCAGGAGUACAUGGGGGUCAAGCUGGGCCCUGCCAUCAAACUGUGUCACCUCAUCGAGAGAAUCAAGAUCGCCUUCUACCAGACGUUUGCCAAGUGAGCUGACCUUGAGGUGGUCACAGGGUGUGGGAGAUCUUUGCUGAGUGAAGUGACUUUGAGUUGACGAGACAGUAUGUGAGACGUUCGCUAAGAUUGUGUGUGUGUUUGUGUGUGUGUGUGUGUAUGUGUGUGUGAACGGUUGGUGUGGAUAAGCAGAGCCGUGAGGGUUGAUGGUUUUCAUAACGUUGUAAAACAUGAGCUCCUCUGUCUGUAAAACAUUGAUUCAUGAUCUCCUCGCUGACUGUGGUACGGUUGUGUUCUUGGAUCAUAUUCAGGGUCAAUGGGUCGCACGAAUAAAUAGAUGAAUAACAGAUUCUACUUUAUUCAUCUCUGUGGGAGGGGGGGUGUUGGGUUAUAAUCGCCUGCACACUUGCAUACAGUACACAGAUGCCUAACAUGAACACCUAGAAACAUGCACAUUUAGAUGAACUCAUUCCGUGCUGAGCGCUCCUGCAGUGAACUCCCCUCACACGCUGGACAGUUGUGUUACGGCAACAGGAAAUGAGGUCUACCCAGGAAAAUCUGUCAAAACUAGCGGCUUAAUGGCUGUUCCUGCAGAUCAAAUGUGAGACAGCGUGCUGGAAUCAGGCUUUCGUCAAUUUUUGGGCAUGUAGAGUUAUUGGUGUCAUCUUA